GAUCAUCACCAGGGUUACUCGGUGAAGCCAGGUAGUGCUAAGUGCUAACUAGCAUCACGCUAACGGCGAAAGGCGCCAAUGAGCAGCAAUGGCGUCUGUUUGCUCCUCGGAGCAACAGGCGUCGGGAAAACCCUCUUGCUAAAACGUUUACAAAAGCUCAGUUUGCAUGGGGAUUAUGACUCGGAAGCCCUGCCACAUACUCUGCCAACGGUAGGAACCAAUCUGACGGACUUGACCCUAAAGAGAAAGAAGUUGACAGUGCGGGAGCUUGGAGGCUGCAUGGGCCCAAUAUGGCACAGUUACUACAAUGAUUGCUGCUCUGUAAUAUUUGUCGUAGACUCGGCCAACAUUUGUCAGACGUCGUCUUCAUGUAUCCAGCUGUUGUCUGUGCUUUCAGCCGAGCCUCUGCACAACGCAUCUGUGCUGAUCCUCUUCAACAAGAGGGAUAUGCCUUGCACUAUGAGUCUGGUGGAGAUCCAGUCCCUUUUCCGGUUGGAUGACAUCCUUGCAUCGGCUCCUCAGACAGUCACAACACUGGAGGUCAGUGCUCGUUCUGGAAUGGGACUCCAGGAGGUGUUGGCCUGGCUGGAAUCAGUCACCAUCAAGUGAAAAAGGAUGCUACAGUACAGUAAAUGGCCAUAAGUGACAUUUUAUUUAGACUUAAAAGGAAAAGUCAACUCAGUAGCCAUGGGAAGAUAGAAAGAUGGCACUUCAGUUAAGUAAGUAGCUGGAUUAAAUAUGCAAAAAUUGCAGGAAUCACUGAUGCUUGUUGACUAUGAACCUACAGGGGGUGUAGUGUGAACAGCAAAUACAGAGAGCAGUUCAGUUUAUACUUAUAUAGUGCUCUCAUCGCACUCUUGUUUACAAACAAAACUAUUUUUAAUAUUUAUCGUAACUCCAGAAGCACUCGGCCCUCCCAAAUUAUAUAUUUUCUAUCACCUAAAUCCAGUUGUUAUCCAACAGAUGGUUUGCCAAGAGAAAGUUAAGGAUUUUACAGAGUGAGUCCAGAGUCCAGACUGAUGUGUGACAACACACAAACAGCUGAGUGGGCAGGGGGAUUGUUGACUACACAAAACCAGUUAGAGAUAAUGGCAAAAGUGCAACAACCACAACUUCUAUGUAUUUAGUCAAGGUAGCCAAUUAGCAAUAGCCUAAAAAGGACAUUUAUGUGAUAUUAGUUGCAUGAUUUCUAUCCUGUUGAGAAAAGCAGCAUGCAUCAGUGUAAAGGUUAGCGUGUUAUGACACAGUAUAUAUUACAAAUUAAAGAGCAUUGCAGUUCAAUCUGACAUUUGAAGCCAAUUGUAUUUUUCCCCACAGUAUUCUCUCCAGUUGAAGUGGUCCUCAUAGGAAAGGGUUCUGAUUGUUCGGUGCAGCCUGGUCCAGAGUGCUGCCAGUAGAGAAGGGCAACAAAGGCGCAGGUAGAUCCAAGGCGGUCGGGGUGGGAUGAGUGUAAGACGAUGGGAGGUUGAUGGGCUGGUGGUUGACAGGCAGAGGUAGGGAGGUGCUGUACGGAAGAGACCCCUCUAGCGUGGCCGAGCCCAUUUGAUCCAGAGUUAGUCUGGUCUGGUCUACUUGGAAUGGAUUGCUGGUUGCGGGAGGGACUCCAUCUUGGAUUAAAAAGAUGAGGCAAAAUAGGAGAAUGUACAUUAAUUGUUUCAAGCAGUAGUUGUCACUUUAUUUCAUUUGUGGUUAAAUUCUCUUUAUACUUGUGUGACAGUUAAACAUGUAAUUAAAACAUUGAAGUGUUAAUAAAAGUUUUGUAAUGGAAACAGUCUCAAAAACAAGACUCU